UCCAUACGAGCCACAUUGACGCAAUCCACCACGCAAGCAAUCCUUAUAUAGGAGCUGCCAAUUCUGCCAGAGUAUGCAGUUAGUGGUGUUCGCUGCCUGACCCCAAAUUGUCACUCACUUUGCUCAGUGUAAAUUUUUCAGUACUCUAUUCUGGAGUGCGUUCCCAGUGACUCAUCAUGUUGCACCGCAACAUAGGUGUGGUGCUCUUAUUCUUCAGUGCUAUAGCACUCGCGCUACGCUAUGACUCUGCUCACGAUGGUUGGAACCUGAACGAAAACAAAACAGCCUUGGAUCCCGUACACUAUGCGGGAUCAUGGAGCAAUGAGACCUACAAUCACACCUACAAUCCGUCUCCGACCAACUGGAGAAUGCCGUUUUAUGUGCUCACCCUCGAUCGGUACAUCGAUGGUGACCCAACCAAUAACGAAGCAAAUGGUACAAAUUUUGAGCACGACUGGCAAACUAAUCAAUUCCGAUUUGGUGGAGAUGCAAAGGGUCUCAUGAACAACCUGGACUAUAUCCAAGGGAUGGGAAUCAAGGCACUCUAUAUGUCAGGCACCCCUUUCAUCAAUAUGCCGUGGGCAAGUGACGGCUUUGGGCCUCUAGACUUCACACUGCUUGAUCAUCAUCACGGAACCAUACAAGAUUGGCGGAACUUGAUUACGGAAAUUCAUCGACGUAAUAUGUACAUUGUACUGGACAAUACAAUUGCGACAAUGGGGGACCUUUUCUCCUUCAAAGGCUAUGAGAAUGUCUCGACCCCAUUCUCAUUCAAUGAAUACGACGUGGUCUACAAGUCGGACCGCCAGUAUCUCGACUUUUCUUACAAGAACGAGUGGAAUGCUUCUUGCCAAUACCCGAGAUUAUGGCAGGCUGAUGGCUAUCCCAUGGCCAAUGCUAGCGUUCUUGACGGGAUUUCUCAUGGCUGUAUGGACAGUGAAUUCGAUCAGUAUGGUGAUAUUGCUGGUGUAGGAGAAGUUCCCGUGUGGGAGAAUCAGCUCGGGAAGUUCGCCUCUGUCCAAGAUCGUCUGCGUUCAUGGCGACAAGAUGUACUCGACAAGAUCAAUGUCUUUUCUUGCAUGCAGAUUUCUAUGCUUGACAUUGAUGGUUUUCGCAUCGACAAGGCUGCACAGACACCGAUUGAUGUCUUUGGGAAUUUCUCAGACUAUCAACGCACAUGCGCCAAACAGUACGGAAAAGAAAAUUUCCUCAUUGUCGGUGAGGUUGUGAGUAAGACCCCAUACGCAUCACUUAUCAUCGGCCGUGGAAAGGAACCUCAGAAUGCAUGGGACAACUUCGCAGAUGCGGUCGCAGCCAAAGAUGUUCGCAACUCGACUGAUUACAUUCGCGAGUUCGGCCACAGCGCCCUAGACGGUGACGCGUUCCACUAUCCAACUUAUGGUGGCAUUACCAGAUUUCUUGGACUUGACGGUCCUAUUGGAUUGGAGGGAGUCAAUUUCGUUGAGAUAUGGCACGAUCUGGUUCGUCAUGAGGAUAUGGUCAACGCCAAUACUGCUGAGUUUGAUCCACGCCACAUGUUCGGCAUGACCAACCAGGACGUUUUCAGGUGGCCUGGGUUAAAGGACGGCAUACAACGCCACCUUUUAGGUUUAUUGAUCAAUUAUUUACAGAUGCCUGGUAUUCCAUUCCACCUAUGGGGCGAGGAGCAGAUGUUCUACGUACUAGAGAACCAAGCCGCCGAUUAUGUUUUUGGCCGGACACCUAUGGGCUCUUCUCGCGCUUGGCAACUCCAUGGGUGCUACAAAAUCGGCCAGGAGGUUUAUGUCAAUCAACCGUUUGACUCUGCAAAUCGGGGCUGCGAGGAUGAUUCUGUCAGUCUCGACCACCGCGACCCGUCCCAUCCAAUCCGCAACAUAAUCAAACGGAUGUACGAGCUCAGAGAGCAGUACCCUGUACUGAAUGAUGGAUUUACGGUCGAGACACUUAUGAAUCGCACUCAAAGUGUGUACCUGCCUGGAAGCUUAGGCAUGCCUUCACCCACUGGUCUUUGGAGUAUUUAUCGCGGUCGCACAGCAGCCGUACAGGACCUACAAGGAGGCCAGGGCAACCAGAGCGUCUGGUUAGUCUAUCACAAUAAUGAUACUAUUGCUAACUACACGUCCGACUGUAAUAGUAGCAACUAUACCGACGUCAUUCUCUCCGCGUUUCCGGGUGGUACCACAGUGAAGAACCUUUUCUAUCCAUACGAGGAAUACACCCUUGAAAAUUCAACGAUUCAAUUAGGGAUUGAUGGCGAGACAGAAACUAAUGGCUGUCUAACUUCCGUUGAGCUAGCGCCCUAUGGAUUCAAAGCAUUUGUCCCAGUUGAAACCUUUGAGGAUCCUCGUCCAACAAUCACGAAAGUUGUGCCAGGUCAUGAUGAGCGAUUAGUCUCGACAACAUCGGAUGGCACCGGACAGGUUGUGCCAUUCGAAAUCCAUUUCUCCACCGAAAUGAAUUGCGACUCUCUUCGAAAUAAUAUCAGUAUAUCCUCUACUACUAACGACGCAUCAACUCCGACCUUCAACAAAUCAAGCGUGACAUGCCACACAAUUGAUGCAGAGACUGGUUCCUACGUCGGCUACGUGGCAGGCACAUGGGUUUUCAAAGGAGAAUUCGAGAAUGUUUCAGACGGCAUCCAUGUGAUCAGCAUCAAGAACGUUACCAACGAAGCCGGUAAUCAAAGUACGAAUGCCUACGAUGCGUAUAUGUUUCGCAUCGGCCAAAGAACGAACCCAAUGGUCUUUCCUGGAUCCUCUAACUACUCUACAAGUCUUCUGAAUCGCGAUGACACGACAGGAGACCUAUAUGUUGCUCACAACGCUGCCGGAGCCAAUCGUUGGCAGUAUUCUCUUAAUUGGGCCACCUCUUGGAGUGAUUGGAUUGACUACGAGCCGGGAAACACGACUAUUGACUCACAAGCUUGGUCUGGCUCCAAGGCCCAAACUUGGGAUGGCCAUCAUAUCAUGAUUCGUUACUGGAGCGAACUGGCCGGAAGCAUGGAACACGUACAACAUGGCGAUCUCGACUUCAGUGGUGGACCGCGACAAUGGCCUCACAUGCAUGUCACAGGCCCAUGGAAUCUGUAUGGAUAUGAUGCAGGCCUGGAAGACUCAAUGAGUCUUGCGUCCGACAGUGGGUGGGAAUUUGAUUUGAUGGUUGAGUGGCCAAGCCAAGUCAUUCUUAGUACAUGGGGCAUCAAUCCUGACGGCCAGCCAGAUCUUUCGAAGGUCUAUGGAGAUGUAGAUGGUGAUAACAUUCUUGAUUGGUUGCCCCCAACAAGUCUGUCCGACAAUGUCGUCAACAUCUCAGGACCUAGCAUGCCGUAUACUGGAGUCAGGAUCAUCGCGCGUGACUCUGACUUGAGAUAUAUUCUCGAGCCUGUUGGCUCGGCCUGGAAACAACUGGCGAUCUGGCUGCUUCUCGGUAUCAUUCCUGUAUUAACUGCGGUCACCACAGCCUAUCUCUUCGUAAGAUGUUUCUACCACGUCAAAUUCAACGAGCUUGGCAUCAUGAAGAAAUCGUCGUCACCUACUUUGGGUCCACUUCCUACACUGGCUGAAAGCUUCUUUGCAGCCCCUGGAAGAAGUACAAUGGAAUUAUUCGGCAGCGCAAAGCAGGCACACCCAAUGAACCCACAACGUCGCGACGGCUUUGCAACGACUGAGGGAGAUAGCAGAAAAACUGUUUUAAUCGCUACUAUGGAAUACGAGAUUGAGGACUGGGCCGUGAAAAUCAAGAUUGGAGGUCUCGGUGUCAUGGCAUCUCUCAUGGGCAAAAACUUACAACACCAGAAUCUGAUCUGGGUUGUGCCAUGUGUGGGAGGUAUUGAAUAUCCAACAGACCAAACAGCAGAGCCAAUGACGAUCAAGAUCAUGGACCAGGAUUACACGAUCAAUGUCCAGUACCACGCUCUGCGAAAUAUUACGUAUGUUCUACUCGACUCCCCAAUUUUUAGAGGGCAGACGAAGGCGGAUCCGUAUCCAGCCCGUAUGGAUGACAUGGAGAGUGCAGUCUACUACUCUGCUUGGAACCAGUGCAUAGCAGAGGCUGUCCGUCGCUUCCCAGAAAUCGACCUUUAUCAUAUCAACGAUUAUCACGGCUCUAUUGCACCUCUCUACCUGCUUCCGGACACGAUCCCCGUUGCGCUGUCGCUUCACAAUGCCGAAUUUCAAGGUCUGUGGUCCGUGAAGACACCACAAGCUUUGAAGGAGAUUUGCCGAGUGUUCAACCUCAGCAAAGAUGUUGUAAGCAGAUAUGUUCAAUUUGGAGAGGUUUUCAAUCUUCUACAUGCUGGUGCUAGCUAUCUCAGACUACACCAAAAGGGAUAUGGUGCCGUUGGUGUUUCUACCAAAUACGGAAAGCGCUCUUUCGCCAGGUAUCCGAUCUUUUGGGGCCUUCCCAAGAUUGGUGCACUUCCCAAUCCAGAUCCAACGGAUACUGCUGCGUGGAACAAGACCCUACCUCAUGCGGACUCUAUUGCCAUCGACCAAGAGACUGAGCAGCAAAGAGGAGCACUCCGUACGCAAGCUCAAGAAUGGGCCGGUCUCAAAGUCGAUCCCCAUGCUGAGCUCUUCGUCUUUGUUGGACGAUGGUCGCUACAGAAAGGGGUGGAUCUCAUCAGCGAUGUUAUGCCCUCUGUCCUUGAGAAGAAUCCUAAUGUGCAGCUCAUUUGUAUAGGACCUGUCAUCGAUCUCAAUGGCAAGUUUGCUGCAUUGAAACUUCAAAAGCUCAUGGAAAUGUAUCCCGACCGAGUUUGCUCUAAGCCUGAGUUCACCAUGCUCCCGCCUUAUAUUUUCAGUGGCGCUGAAUUCGCUUUGAUCCCUUCUCGCGAUGAGCCUUUUGGUUUGGUCGCUGUCGAAUUCGGGCGUAAGGGUGCUCUUGGAGUUGGUUCUCGUGUCGGUGGCUUAGGACAAAUGCCUGGGUUCUGGUUUACAAUCGAGUCUAAUCAAAGCAAGCACUUGAUUCGUCAAUUCAAGGCCGCCAUCAAAGCUGCGUUAGAAUGUACAACUGAGAACAGAGCAAUGAUGAGAGCCCGAUCUGCUGUGCAACGGUUUCCGGUUGCUCAAUGGGUCGAGGGCCUGGAAGAAUUACAAGGCGAAGCAAUCAGAAUGCACGGUAAAGUGCUAUCUCGAGCUCCUUCGUUCAUUAGCUUGAAAAGUCCAAUCGCCUCUCCCUCGCAGUCCAAAAACAAUUCUCCUCUGCACACUCCAACUAUUAGUCGUCGACCUAGUCUUGCUAGCGUAUUCGGCGGCCGUAUGGGCAGUCGUGUUGGCAGCAGGGCAGCGAGUCCGAUCAGAGAAGAAUCGAACGAACCCAAUACACAAGAGGAAUUACAGAAGGCGCUUUCAAAGACAAAGGAAGGAAGACGAACGGGAAAGAAAGCCAGAAUCGCACCAGCUUCAACAUCAGCGGGAUCCAAUGGCAAUUCUAUCAAUCAACAGGGAUUCACAAGUCUGUUAGAGCCAAUUGAAAGCAAGAAUCUGUAUGAUCAACAGCAGGCCACCAACGAUUCUUCCGGCUCGUCGUCCUCGUCUUCCAAAAGUACUCGAAGCCAGACCGACCGUCCUUCCCGUGAAUCUGACCCCGUGUCACAAGAAGAAGACGCUACUCGGUCGAAUUCUUGGGACUUUGCUACAGGCAGUCCAGGAAGAAUGAACACGGCACCGACGACUGCCGCAAAUACUCCCGGGCCAAGUAGAACCCCAUCUUUUAGCUUUCCCCAGAAUGGUGCACAAAAUAGUUACGACUCACUGCCACCGUCGCGGGUGCCUUCUGUUCUGAGUUUGUCGACCGUGGUUGGUGAUGAAAAGAAUUACUCUCUUCAGAAAGUAGAUCCUUUCUUCACUGACGCACAAGGAUACUAUUACAAGAGGUACACCAAGAUGCUGGAGAACCUCAGUGGCAAGACGUCUGAAGGAGAACUGUGCGUGGAAGACUACCUGACAAAGGCUGAGAAAGAUUGGUUCAAUCGUAUGCAUAAGGCAAAGCUUGGUGUCAAGCAAUCGGACACUUCUCCUAGGAGCUCUACAAACGAGACUAUGAUCGGCGAGGCUUCUAUCAUCGAAGGUCAGGUGGAUGAAUUUAACCUGGGCGCUGACUACGCGCCUCCAACUGGUGUCCGCAAGCUCAUGAACUACAAGAUCCGAGACUGGCCGCUGUAUGCCUUCAUAAUAGCUUUGGGACAAAUUCUUGCUGCAAAUUCCUACCAGAUCACUCUCAUCGCUGGUGAGAUUGGUCAGACGGCAGAGAAACUUUACAUCAUCGCAUCCAUUUAUCUUGCCAGCUCAAUUCUUUGGUGGAUCAUUUUCCGCAGAUGCAAGUCAAUUUGGGUCAUCUCCACCCCUUUCAUGUUCUACGGUGCAGCCUUCUUUAUUCUUGGCAUGUCUCCUUACGGGAGCACAUAUAGCAGCCGAGCCUGGAUCCAGAACGUAGCCACUGGACUAUACGCAAUCGCUUCUGGCAGCGGAUCCUUGUUCUUUGCCCUCAACUUCGGAAGUGAGGGCGGUUCGGCAGUUCAUACCUGGGCGUUUCGCGCCUGUGUUAUUCAAGGCACUCAACAGAUCUACGUCACUGUGCUUUGGUUCUGGGGUAAUUACCUCUCGGAGAAGUCUGCUGCAGGGUUUACUGGAACUAUGAUCACUUCUACUCCUUACGUCACAGCAGUCACGACACCUGUCGCAGUAAUUCUUUUCGCCUGUGGCAUACUUCUAUUCCUGGGCCUUCCUGACUACUACCGCAACACCCCGGGCAAAGUUCCUUCCUUCUAUACCUCUCUCUGGCGUCGCAAGAUCAUCAUGUGGUUCUUCGUCGUGGUUCUAAUUCAGAACUUCUUCCUCUCCGCACCUUACGGUCGCAACUGGCGCUACCUCUGGAGCUCCAGCGUUGCGCCAGCCUGGGCCAUUGUUAUCCUUGUUUUCGUCUUUUUCAUCCUCAUUUGGGCUGGCGUUUUUACUCUGUUUGCAAAACUCUCACACGAGCACUCUUGGAUCAUCCCUUUGUUUGCAAUUGGUCUGGGGGCUCCAAGGUGGGCACAGAUGCUCUGGGGCACCUCCGGCAUGGGCUCCUGGGUUCCAUGGGCUGGCUCGCCGGUUGCUGGUGCGCUACUAGGUCGUGGCUUAUGGUUAUGGCUCGGUGUGCUGGAUCAGCUUCAGGGUGUCGGAUUUGGCAUGAUUCUCCUGCAAACAAUGACGCGGUUCCACGUUGCAUUUACUCUGAUCGCCGCGCAGGUGCUUGGUAGCGUUGCGACUAUCGUUGCACGCGCAUGUGCGCCCGAUAAGCUUGGUCCAGGACCUGUGUUCCCGAAUCUGGUGCUAAACCUGAAUGGCCUGGGCAAUGCAUGGUUCUGGAUUACGAUCAUCUUCCAGAUUUUCAUUUGUAUAGGCUUCGCUGUGUUUUUCAGGAAGGAGCAGCUAUUCAAACCUUAGGUGGUAUAGGUUUUGUAGAAUAGUCAUGUAAGAUUGUGAAGGAUACAUAUGUCAUGAUAGUAAUGAUCACAGUAAACACACGGAGCUUUAGGAUAUCAACGAGACAUGGUUUUGUAUAGAUCAACUGUUUUCGAGAAUUUGUUUUGUUUAGACUAGAUACCACAUCCGCACCAUCGUUAGCGCUACAUACCGAAUGUUAUUAUGCAAAGCUGUCAAA